UUCGAACGUUCAGCGGUCGCGUCGUCGUGAGCGGCUAAAAUCGCCUAAUCGGUUAAAAAAACUUCCCAACUUCAAACUCUUACCCAGUGCAUUAAAAUUAGACAAAUAGAACAAUGCGCCUGCUGAUUUUCCUGCUGCUGCCACUGGUGGCCAUCGCCCAAGACGAUGACUACUGCUUCAGCCAGGACAAGUCCCGGCCCCAGACCCUCCAGUUCUCCUCGAAGACCGCCUACCAGAUCGCCAAGGGCACGGACAUGGAAAAGCUGUAUUUGGUGGACGGCUGCCAGCCCCAGAAGAUGUGGAUCUUCCACAGACACGGCACACGGCUGCCCAAGACGAGCAUGAUCAAAAAGGCGCCCAGGUUGGAAGAGCUGCGCGAUCUUAUCAUAAAUAAUUACAAAGUGGCGAAGACCAAACCGGAUACGAAUGCCCUGUGCCAGACGGAUUUGUUUGCCAUUCAAUUGUGGAAAUGGAACAGCAGCAUAACGCCCGACAUGGAUGAGUAUCUGACCACCCAGGGCUACAACGAUCUCAGGGGCACUGCCAAGCUGUAUCAGCGUUACUACCCCAGUGUGAUGUCCCCGGUUUUCAACGAUACCUAUUACCAGUUCCGUCACACGGAUACCCAGCGCACCACGGAAAGUUUUAAGGCCUUCGCCGAAGGUCUCUUUGGAUCCCUUAACUCCGCCCAUCCCGUCGAGAUUCCCAAGCAGGAUCUACUGCUCCGACCCUAUGACUACUGCCCGACCUUUAAGGCUCUGAACUACAAGGGCGAGGGCUCUGAAUACCAGAAGUACCAUCAGUCUAAGCUGUACAAUGACACCCUGGCGGACAUCUCCAGACGACUGGGUUUCCAGUACACCUUGCAGGAGGAGGACAUCAAGCUGAUGUACGAUAUGUGCCGCUACGAGCAGGCCUGGAACGUGGACCGUAACAGCGUCUGGUGCGGUGCCUUUUUGCCUGAGCAGGUGACGGUCUUUGAGUACCUGGAGGAUCUGAAGUACUACUACGGAUCGAGCUAUGGGUUCCCGGAAAAUGAGCGCCUUAACUGCCGCCUGGUGCAGGACCUGCUCACCCACUUGAGCAGCCCCGUUUCGCCGCAUGUGGUGGCCCAUUUUGGCCACUCCACGGGUCUGUUAACCCUGGUCACUGCGUUGGGCAUCAAAAAGGACGAUAUAAAACUGAGGGCUGAUAACUACGAGAGCUUGACCAGCCGACGCUUUAAGUCCAGUCGGAUCGAUCCGUUUGCCUCCAAUUUCGUGGCUGUGAAGUACGUCUGUCCGGCGCAGUUGGACCGCGAGAAGGUUCAAUUCUUUUUGAACCAGGAGGCCGUCCAGUUGGAUUGGUGCAAAGUUGGCCUGUGCAAGUGGUCAGAUGUCCUGGAUAAGUACAAGGACAUUUCAAAUGCGGACUGUGGCGACUACUUCUGCCGGACAGGCGGUGCUCCGUCGCUGGGAUCUGGAAUUUCCGGUCUCCUGGCCACCACCUUCGCCGCCAUUCUGGUCUACUUAAUGCACUAACUUUCGAUUAGAAUAGUUCUUAACUUGUAAUGUACAAAGUUCGUACCAAAAUGGAGGGCCGCCCAGCCUGCGGAUGUCAGUCAAGUAUUUUUCGAUUUAGAUUUUCUACUUUUAAUCCAGCAAAAAAGCACAAAACUUCCCACAGUCGAAAACCACACAACACAAACACACACUCUGACACUGAAAUAUUCAACUUAACGAUUUUUUAAACGCUUAACGUACGUUGACAGCGCUACCGUCAAGAAUAGCUUUAUAUUACCUAAAUAAAAUGACUAUUUAAAAUGUGA